GCGUGUGUGAUGUCCAGCCGCCGAUAACGUACGUUGAGUGCCGAGAUUGAGUGACUGACUAAUAGGAUAUAAGUAAAGACAAUGUGCUGUUCUUAACAAAAACUCUUAACACGUCUUAAAACUUUUGAUUUUUAGUAGACAAAACAAAAGCCAAAUUAGUAAGUUACCUAGUUCAAACAGUACCGAUGUGAAAUACAAAAAUAAUACUGGACCUAUCUGCUAAUCCAGAUGUGAAUAAAAGGUGUACUUAUUAACUUUUGUAAUAAACUUGUUGGUAACCUAUACAUAACACUACACUAAUAUUUUAUGGAUUAAAAAUAAAUGAAGACAUCUGAUCACGCUUUGUUCGUAUGCAAUAUUUCGUUCAAAUUUGUGCAGGGAUAUCUGGCAUUUGUUACUUAAGUGAACCAGUGGUUUCCAUAAUCAUCAAGCAAUCUAGAAAGACCUAUUCGAAGUUGGUAUGGAAGACUCAAUUGACUUCACAUAAAGGAAUGCACUCCCUGGCGUUUCUGAAGGGAUGAUCAGCGGUCGACAUCAUGUAGUCCCGCAACUGUGGGGAGGGGAGGGAUGGUGGUGACGUGUCGGCUUGUGAUUGGACGUUAGCCACGUGACAUGUUCCCCCCUCCCCCGGUGGUGCCCCCCGCCCCCUCGCCCCUUCACUGCUCGCAGUGGGAAUUGGACAUGGAUCUGCGCCAUCACAUACAACAUUGUGCGUGCACAUGUAACCACAUGGGCUAUGGAAACUACAUGGAUUACCAGACGACUUGUCUCUCCGAACACGGACCCCCCGUACGGCUGAUCAACGGUGCCAUCAGGUGUAACGGGCAAGCUCGCACCCUGCUGGCUACUGCUGGAUCCAUCAGCAGCAGCAACAGUAGCGAGGAGGUCAAAGCCGUGCUAGAGGUGCGGCUGAGGCCGUGGGUGAUCACGUGUUUGGCGUGUUUGCUGCUGACGGCCCUAGCUCUGGGGGUGGGAUGGCCUCUGGCUCUGACCAGCUCACCGCCCCCCGCCUCACCAACCGGCACGUUGGAGCAGCGCCUCGACAUCGUCCGCCGCAUCUUGUCUGAAAUUCCACUUAUUGAUGGACAUAACGACUUGCCGUGGAAUAUCCGCAGCUUCGUUCACAACCAGUUGGUACUAUUCAACUUCUCGACGGAUCUGACAGAGGUGGAACCAUGGUCCAGGUCCAACUGGAGUCACACAGACCUGCCACGACUGCGGGCUGGACUGGUGGGCGCCCAGUUUUGGUCGGCGUACGUCCCGUGCGGUUCGCAGUAUGGUGACGCGGUCCAGAUCACUAUGGAACAGAUCGAUGUCAUUCGGCGACUCACGGAUCUCUACAGCCGUGACCUCCAGUUUGUCUCCUCCGUCGCUGGUAUCAAGGAGGCCCACCGGUCCGGAAAGAUCGGCAGCCUGGUGGGAGUAGAAGGUGGACACUCCCUGGCGAGCUCUCUGGCGGUGCUGAGGAUGUACUACUCUCUCGGAGCCCGAUACCUUACGCUAACCCACACGUGUCACACGCCUUGGGCAGGUUGCUGUGUGGGGCAAGACGAGCAAAACGAUGGACUGUCUCACUUUGGUUCAUUGGUAGUACGAGAACUGAAUAGACUCGGGAUGUUGGUAGACCUGAGUCACACGUCAGUUCGCACAAUGGAGGACACGCUCAACGUUACACAAGCUCCUGUCAUUUUCUCGCACUCCUCCGCCUUUCAUUUGUGCAACUCAACUCGCAACGUGCCUGAUCACGUGCUCAAAUUGGUGGCCUUAAACGGGGGGAUCGUGAUGGUGAACUUCUACUCGCUGUUCAUAACCUGCAACCAAUCGUCCACCCUGCAGGAUGUAAUUGCUCACAUAAACUACAUCAGGAGGGUUGCGGGGGAGGACCAUGUCGGUAUAGGAGCUGGCUACGACGGCAUCAACUUGACACCCAGGGGUCUGGAGGAUGUGUCCAAGUUCCCUUACCUGUUUGCCGCAUUGCUGGAGGAUCCAGAAUGGAACGAGACCAGGAUCAAGAAACUGGCUGGGCUUAACUUCCUUAGGGUUUUUUCACGUGCUGAACAGGUGAGGGACUCCUGGAGCCCUGAGGGUCCGGCGGUUGCCGAGGAACUUCUGCUGCAGAGGCCACCUACAGAAUGUGCCCCAGAAUCGUGAUCUGAAGAGUACCGCUGAAAGCUUUCAGGACCAGCCACAAGGCCUCGCUGUUGGUGGACUAUCGUGCUUAUCACUACUUUACGCCCUCAUCCGUGAAAGCUUUGUCACUUGGUUUCUUGGAUUUGUUGGUGAACUGUUGUAUAAUACAGUGAUAUCACAAAAAAUAAUGUUUCAUACUAUUUCUUGGUAGUAUUUAAUUUUAGUCUCACCAUGAAUUAUCAUGAAUACUGUUUUUUACACCAAAAACAUAAAAAAUGUUUCUCAAUGUGCAACUCUGUAUUGUAUAAGUACUCGGGAUGGUUAAAGAAAUUAUAUCUAUAAAUGAAGAUGGCAAAAUUAUUCAAUGAUUAAACAUUUACCGACCAAACUUUAUUAAAUAUUAAUACUAUCCAUAUUUUGUAUGUCACUUUUUGGCGUUUAG